UUCCCAAGGUUUCAUGGCGGAGCUGGGAAUCAAACCCUGGUCUCUAGAUGUUCAAAUAUGCCACGCUGGCUCCUAGGCUGGGUAGGUAGCUGUGGAUUAUGCUGCUUAGACUUAUGGGGAAAGCGUGGCAAGGUACGUAUACAAAGCAUGCAAAGGGAUCUGGCAGCCCCUCUGAGACGGACUGAAAGAGAGAAGUUGGUAGCACGAGCUUUGAUAGACUUGAGCAGUCUUCCUCAGAUGCAUUAAGCGGCGAGUGGUACAGAGACCUUUUCUUCCAUCAUGCUUUCGGGGGGGGGGGGGGCUACUGGGCUGUUUUUGACAGUUCGCAAAGUCGGAGCCAAGCGGUGCCAAGAAUGGGAGAGGCAGGGAGAGGAGUAGGAGAGGAAGGAGACGUAGUUUGGCCUUCUUUUCGCUUUCCAGACCUUCUGUAUCGCUUAACCUCCCCACCAGGAGGCUGAGGAAGGCGGCUGUCCCCAAGGAUGCGAAGUUGCUUCGGUUCCUUUGUCCUGUAACGGCUCAGAGACUCAGGAUCCGCCUCGUCUGUGAAGUCUUUCCUAGGCGCUUUGGUUAGGAGAAGUACAAAAGCUGCUCUGCUCUGGUGCCACCACGAACUACCGUUCCCAGAAUUCCAUAGCAUGGAACCAUGGCAGUUAAAGUGGGGUCAAACUGGAUUAUUUCUGCAGGGUGGAUGCAGCCCAGACUUAAGCCACAGCAUGAGAGAGAGCAUGAAUGACUGGAAAAGACAAAGAUGCCUAGGAAAGGUCAUAGAAAGGGGGAAACCAAUUGCAGGAUGGUUGGAUGCCAUCAAAAAGGGCACAAGGCUGAGCUUGGAGGGCCUGAGCAGAGCAGUGGAGGACAGGAGGUCUUGGAGAUGCCUCAUCCACAGGGUCGCCAUGAAUCGAGGUGGAUUCAAGGGCAGUUAACAAGACUGAAGACCAUUUGACUCCCGGGUAGCGUUUAGGAGUGGACUGGCAUGUUAACUUUCCCUUAAGGCAGAGUUUUUUCCACCAGCUACACUUGCUCUUCCAAUUGGAGUUGUUAAGAGUGAAUUGAUGUACUUCUCCUGUGUGCCUUCAAGUCGUUCCCGACUUACGGAGACUCUAAAGAGAACCUAUCAUUCUUGGCUCCUCUGCAUUGCCUAGCCUUGCCUUGCCUUGCAUUGCCACCGCGGAAGCCACCGAGAGAAGGCAAGGGCAGCCAGCCGCCUUGGGAAGCUGGGCCAGUGCCAGGCGGGCAUCCGAGGGGGCACCCGCCAUCGCCCCGUCCUUCACAGCCCCACCGACUUCCCUGUGGAUCCUAUGCGCCAGGAAGAAGGCGAGGGGAGGCUCGUGGGGCAGCCUGGACCUGUGGGGCGGUGUCAUGCUCCAAGGGACCCUGCAGAGGAGGAGAAGACGAGGGUCCAGUGCCAAGAGGGAAGGGAGAUAGCCCCCUGGUAGGGCACCCAUCCCGAUCCCCAGCAAAUACCCAGACAUUGUUUGUUCCUCCCCUUGUUUCUCCUCCUUUGCGAACCCAAGCUCGGCGCCUCCUCCUCCGUUGCCCCUCAACUUAACCAGGUCAUACAAAGAGGUCCACCAUGGCCACCCUGAUCCGCAGCAAGCUCUCCAACGUGGCCACCUCGGUCUCCCACAAGUCCUCUGCCAAAGUCAGCGGGGUCUUCGCCCGCAUGGGCUUCCAGGCAGCCACCGACGAGGAGGCGGUGGGCUUCGUCCACUGCGACGACCUGGAUUACGAGCAUCGCCAGGGACUCCAGAUGGACAUCCUCAAGGCCGACGGCAACGGCAGCGAGGAAGGAGGCGGCGGAGAGGCGCCCUUGGAAGGGGACCUCCACUACCAGAGGGACGGGACGGGCCCCCUGCCCCCCUCCGCCUCCAAGGACGAGGGGGUCUGCUCCGAGCUCUCCGGACAAGGCAAGCCCAAGAUCACCGCCUGGGAAGCCGGAUGGAAUGUCACCAAUGCCAUCCAGGGGAUGUUUGUUCUUGGUCUGCCCUAUGCUAUUCUUCAUGGUGGAUACCUAGGACUCUUUUUAAUUAUUUUUGCAGCAGUGGUUUGCUGCUACACUGGGAAAAUCCUUAUUGCCUGUCUCUAUGAAGAGAAUGAAGAUGGGGAGAUAGUCAGGGUGAGAGACUCCUAUGUGGACAUUGCUAACGCUUGCUGCACUCCCAGGUUUCCCACACUUGGGGGCAGGAUUGUCAACGUGGCUCAGAUCAUAGAGUUGGUCAUGACCUGCAUCCUAUAUGUGGUGGUCAGUGGCAACCUGAUGUACAAUAGCUUCCCAAAUUUGCCAGUCUCCCAGAAAUCAUGGUCUAUCAUUGCCACAGCAGUGCUCCUGCCUUGCGCUUUCUUGAAGAAUCUCAAGGCUGUCUCCAAGUUCAGCUUGCUCUGCACCUUGGCCCAUUUUGUGAUCAACAUUUUAGUGAUUGCGUACUGCCUCUCCAGAGCUCGCGACUGGGCGUGGGAUAAAGUCAAGUUUUACAUCGAUGUCAAGAAGUUCCCCAUCUCCAUUGGCAUCAUUGUCUUCAGUUACACUUCUCAGAUCUUUCUGCCUUCCUUGGAAGGGAACAUGCAGAACCCCAAGGAGUUCCACUGCAUGAUGAACUGGACUCACAUAGCCGCUUGCAUCCUGAAGGGACUCUUUGCCUUGGUAGCCUACCUGACUUGGGCCGAUGACACAAAAGAAGUCAUCACAGACAACUUGCCAUCAACCAUUAGGGCUGUGGUUAACCUUUUUUUGGUGGCCAAAGCCUUGCUUUCCUACCCACUGCCUUUCUUUGCAGCUGUGGAGGUCCUGGAGAGAUCCCUUUUCCAAGAUGGAAACAGGGCCUUCUUCCCUAAUUGUUAUGGGGGGGAUGGGAGGCUCAAAUCCUGGGGGCUCACCCUUAGGUGUGCUCUGGUGGUGUUCACCUUGUUGAUGGCCAUUUAUGUCCCCCAUUUUGCCCUCCUGAUGGGCCUCACAGGGAGCCUCACAGGUGCAGGCCUCUGCUUCCUACUUCCCAGCCUCUUCCAUCUCAAGCUUUUGUGGAGGAAACUCUUGUGGCACCAUGUCUUCUUUGAUGUGGCCAUUUUUGUAAUAGGUGGUAUAUGCAGUGUGUCCGGGUUCAUUCACUCUUUAGAAGGCCUCAUUGAGGCUUUUAGAUACAAUGCAGAAGACUGAAGUCUAGAUUGAGCUGAUUUUAUUAAAAGGUGGAGGAAAGAGAGAGAAAAAUCACACAGAACACCCACAUAACCAAAUGAUGAUGCAUCCCCAUAAAGGAGAAAUGUUGUUAUUUUAGUUAAAUCUUCCCAAAAGUUUUAUCAUACAACCUUCAGCAAAGUUUGCAGAUCAAAAGCGUAUUCUACAGACUUUUUAAAUAAACUAUGGGGAAAAUAUAAAUAUAUAUUUUGUAUGAUUUAGAUAUUAUCAGAGAGAAAAUAUGAACUAUUUCCUUGUCCCACUCAUUCAAUAGUCUAAACUCUCUAAUCUCUGUAAGGAAAUUCAGAUGUCCCAUUUGGAAAUAGUGAGUGGUUUCAUGGUAAUAUUUUGCAAAUGUUAUGCAAUUAAGUCUCUUUAAGAAACAAAUAUACAUGUCAGCCCAAUUGCUUGGAGUCAUUGUGAUGAAACAUACAAUUUGGUGAACCUUAAUGUAAGAUUUAGACUGUAUGAAUAACAAGUUAAAAUGGCUGUGAUGACCAAAAAUGUCUCCAAUGAGCAGUAGUGUUUACAUUGUAUAUUAAAUCACCAGUAAGGACAGCUUAAUACUUCCAUACCAACUCAUGUCCAAUUCCAACAUUUCCCAUUUAUGACUAAGAAUCAUCUGGCCUCCAGUUGAGAUCAGAGAAUUGAAGUCCAGUUCUGGAUUGGAGCAUUUUCCUUUCUUUCUAAAUUACAAGAAUAAAUAAAUAUCUAGAUAGAUAAAUCAGUAGAUUUGAAAAGUAUUCUGGAUAUGAAACCAACACACACACAAGAAAACCAUUCUGUGCAACUACCAGAUCUGUGGAGCUGUUUCAAAUGUAUGUGUGCUGUAAUUGUGGUAAAUAAGAUGACAAAUGUAUAUCAGAAAAAUAUCUUUAACAUAUAAUGUGGUACAUAAAUAUAUCAAACAAUAAAGAGAAACCA